GAUUGGCUUCAUGCGUUAUAACCACGUGAUUCAUCUCAGACACGCAAAGACAGGAGUGGUUCCAUGUGGUAGCGGACUGGUGGACUCGGUGGGUCAGUAUAAGCAUGGAGGCGUUCGAAGUGGAUGUCGUGGUUGUUGGAGGCGGCUUGUCUGGUCUUGCUUCCGCUUACUACUUGCUGAAAAAAGACCGGGGGUUGCGUGUACUCGUGCUUGAAGCGAAAGACAGAAUUGGUGGCCGCACUGAAACCAAUCAGUUGUUAGCUGCAGAUGGAACAAAAGAUUUCUGGGAUUUGGGAGGGGAAUGGGUCGGACGGCCACAGAUCCAUCUGCAGUUCUUGCUGAGGAAGUUUCACAUGGACACGUUUAACCCAGUGGCCCCUCACACCAAGGCCCGCACACUGACCGGCCCUAAAAUAGCCUGGAGGACUCGACUCGACAUCCUCCAGUUCUCUUGGAAGCUGGAAAAGUUCAAGAAGACACUUGUUGGAAUUGAUAUUUCAGGCUCAGUGGAAGCGCUCAAGUGGGACGGCAUAACUUUUGAGAAGUACCGGGACGAGAACCUUUGGACUGUAGAUGGUAAAGAUCUUGUGGAUGCUGCGUGUCGCUGUAUGUUUGGUCUGUCGCCGUCGGAAAUGACCCUGCUGUACUUCCUCAAGUACAUCAACUCUGCAGGGGGUCUGAACAUUUUCUUUCAACCAGCAGAAUACACCGGUCGAGAGUGUCGCGUAAAGGGAGGUGUACAGCAGCUAGCAACUCAUCUAAUGAAUAAAAUAGGAAAGAGGAAUGUCAGAAUGAACCAGCCAGUCACACACAUAGUUCAGACUGGCAGUACUGUGACGGUGAUCACAGAUAACAGACUACAGGUCCAGUGUCAGAGAGUUGUAAUGGCUAUACCACCUCACCAUGCUGCGGCAAUUAAAUAUACUCCACCUCUCCCAUCCACAAAGCUGAAUCUUUUACGGUCGGUGCCCAUUGCAUUUCUUGUCAAGUUCGCGAUUACGUUUGACGAGGCAUUUUGGAUGAACAAUGGCCCAAACUGGAGAACGUUUGGAUUUCAGUCUGUGUUAGACGACGUUGAACUAGGACCUGUGGGCAUUGUGUAUGAUGCUACGUCUGCUCGCGGAAAUCCUGCUCUGGCUGGAUUUCUUUCUUCAGCUGUUUGUCUUGAGGAAGAUUUAACGAGGAGGCAGAACAGUAUUUUAGAUUUACUGGAGAGUGUGUUAGGACCGAAUGUUCGAAAGUUCAUAGACUUCUCGCAGAAAGAUUGGAGUAAGGAGCCCUUCAAUGGAGGAUGUUUUCUGAAAUCUCUGAUUCCCGGGACAACGAAGUACUUCAACCAAGACCUCAGAGAACCAUUUGAAAGGAUUCAUUUUGCUGGUACAGAGAUGGCGACUAUUUGGUGUGGGUUUAUGAAUGGUGCAAUACAGUCGGGAUUCCGAGCCGCAACGGAAGUCCUUUCUCAUGUCCGACCGCAGAUAAUUACCUCCCCUGAUCCUGGAAUGCAACAUUUUGAUAGUGACAGUCAGUCAAGUGUUUCCAGCUAUCUCCGAUGGGGUUUACUUUUCACAGCAGGGGUCGGUGCAGUGUCUGUCGCCUAUUUGUUGUGGACAUCGGAGAAAUCGACAGCAAGAAGUUUGGCAAAUUCUAUACGACUUGUGUUAGAGUCAAAAUAACCAUUUUCGUUUGAUUAUCUGUGGUAAAUGAUAAACUAUUUAAGUGGUUUAUUAUCAGAAGUAUACACAUUGUUUUUAUACUUCAUGAUACAAUAGAUAGGGCAUUUGUUUUUAGCUAUAACAUCUGCUGGAAGUAGGACAAAAUAGGUAAUUGAAUUUCAAAAGGUAACAUUAUGUAAGGAUAGAUAUUUUAUAGAUGAAAUAUUUAUGGCAAUAUUUUUUUCAUCACCUUGAAGUCAAAAGGGGGAGGUAAUAGUGUUACUUUUUUUGACAGUUGCAGGGAUUUGCAUUUAUCUCAUUUUUCUCUUUCUCACAAACUACAAGUCCUAGAUCAGUCAAACAUAGGUUAUGGUUUCACAUACGAUUGCAGCUGAUUAUAUAUUUUGUAAAUAAAAUUGUUCAUUAAUUAAAGAAUUUAAAAAAAAAAGAGAUUAGUGAAUUAUAAUUCACAAAUUAUUUUUGUAAUGAAAUGUAAUCCAUUAAAAAAAAAUGUUUUAACAUGGUUUUAGAUAAUGUCAUAAGUGCAGCUAUGAAUGAAUGAAUGAAUGAAUGUUUAACGACACCCCAGCA